AUGAAGUCUGCUCUUUCAGUUGCUGUUGCCGCUGCCGGCGUGCAGCAGGCUUCUGCUACCUUGGGCCUGGGCUUGGGCUUGGGCGGUGGCAUCUCUUUCGACUUUGGAAAGGUUUGGUCUGAUGCGCUGCCUUUCUCUUGCCCUGGCAACAUUAUCAACAAGUGUACUCCUGAGCAAGAGAAUGGUUGGGACUGGAGUGACGUUGCCAUUGGCUCCCUCACCAGCUAUGCUGGCUUCAACUUCGGUGGCGGCUGGACUUGCGAGAGCAACUUUGGGAAGCGCGGUGAUAUCCAGGGCCGCACCUUCCCUCUCGGAAAGGUCAUCUCUGGUACCUGCAACCAGGGGGAUGAGGCUGGUCUCUCCAUUGGUGUUGGUGCCAAUGCUGGUAUCGAUGCCUUCUCCAUUGGCAGCUUCGAGAUGUCUGCCGAGUUCGAUGUUCGUCUCGAAUUCCACUACGAUAUGCCUGACGGCAGCGUGUGCAAGCAGACCUCUGAUUGCCAGAGGGGUGGAUCGACUAUUGUCAACAGCCAGUGCGGUGGUGCUAAGAAGGUUCGCGUGGUCUACCCCAAGCAGAUCAUCCACAAGGAAAUCUCCUUCAAGAACAAGUGCAGGAUCUCUUGCCACGGGAUCAAGUGGCACUGCGGCAAGCCCACUCCCAAGCCUAGCACUUCUGUUCCCUCAUUGCCUGGCACCACUACCAAGGUGAUCCAGACUACUCCCGUCACCACUCUGCAGACUUAUACCACUCCUAUCCAGCAGACUACUCCUGGAAAGGAGACCACUUCCAGCGAGGAGACGACUCCUGCCCAGCAGACUACUCCCAGCAAGGAGACUACCCCCGUGCAGCAGACCACGUCCGGAAAGGAGACCACGCCUGCCCAAGAGACUACUCCCAGCAAGGAGACUACUUCCGCCUACCAGACGACUCCAGGCAAGGAGACGACUCCUGCUCAGCAGACGACUCCCGGAAAAGAGACCACCCCCAGCAAGGAGACUACUUCCGCUUACCAGACGACUCCAGGCAAGGAGACGACUCCUGCUCAGCAGACGACUCCCGGAAAAGAGACCACCCCCAGCAAGGAGACUACUUCCGCUUACCAGACGACUCCAGGCAAGGAGACGACUCCUGCUCAGCAGACGACUCCUGGAGAGGAGACGACUCCCGCUCAGCAAACCACCCCCGGAAAGGAGACGACGCCUGCCCAGCAGACUACUUCCGGCAAGGAGACUACACCCGCCCAGACCACUCCUGGACAGCAGACCACUCCCAGCCAGCCGACCACUGCCGCCACCACUCCUGCCACCACGUUUGUUACCACCUACGACACCACCUCUACCGUCUUCACGACCUCCACCAAGACCAUCACAAGCUGUGGACCUGAAGUCACUGAGUGCCCUGGCAAGACUGGACCUCACAUUGUUACCGUUACUAUCCCCGUGAGCACCACUAUCUGCCCAGUUACGGAGACUCGUACCCAGUCCCAGGGAGUUCCUACGACUGUCAUUCUGCCUCCCAAGUCCGAGACUACCAUCAAGGAGCAGCCCACCCCCGGGAAGCCUACUGGCGAGAAGCCCAACCCGGUCACCAGCCAGCCUCCUCAGUCUACCCAGACUCCUCCUUGCCCUCCCGUUGUUCCCAGAUGUCUCAACACUUUCGUGGACCUCAAGGCCAAGUGCGCGGACAACAAGGACGCCCCUUGCUUCUGCCCGGAUGAGGACUUCGUCAAGAACAUCUUUGACUGCAUUUACGCCCACGGUGAGAGCGACAACAUCAUCUCUGAGGCUGUCUCCUUCUUCCAGGGUAUCUGCGGACGCUACAUCCCUAAAAACCCCGCCAUUGCCACCGGUGCGGAUACCAUCACCCAGAUCAUCACUGUCACUGGUACUCCUCGCAUCACCCAGGUUCCUUACACCACUGUCGUUGUCGCUACCACAGUCACCGAGAACAGCAGCACCCAGACCAUCUCGACGGAGGUCACCAUUCCCAACAUCGUCAUGCCUACUCCCACUGGCGGUGUUCCCAACCAGCCCCCCGCUACCUCGGCGUCUGUUCCUGCUGGCCAGAACCCUCCUCCCGUCACUGGCCAGAACCCUCCCCCUGCUGUUACCGGUCAGAACCCUCCCCCUGCUGUCACCACAGGCACUGGUGGUGUGAUUCCUCCCAAGCCCACGGGCUCUGUGCCCGUCACUGCCGGCUCUGGACGUGUCGGUGCAGGCCUGGGCAUGGUCCUGGCUGUCGCUGCUUUCGUCGCCGCCCUGUAA